AUGCAACGAUAUUUAACAAAUUCAAAUAUAUUUAAUAAUCAAUAUAUAACAAAGUUGUUUAGUAAUACAUUGUUUGUAAAUCAAUGUUCUUUGGUUGAACAAAGAUUCUAUUCAGGUCCAAACUUCACUGCUAAAAGAAGAGCAUUGAGAGAGACUUUGAAUGAAAACAAGGUUGUUAAUAAAUAUAAAAAUAAAUAUAGAGAUAAUAGAGAUUAUAGAGAUAAUAGAGAUAAUAGAAAUAGCAGUAGAGGAUCAUAUGAUAGAGAAGAUAGAGAAGAUAGAGGUGAUAGAAAUGAUAGAUAUAAUAAUAACGAUCGUGAAUUUAAAUAUACAAGAGAGAGAAGAGAUGAUAGAGUUACUAUAAAUGAUGAUAAUAAUAAUAAUAAUAAUAAUAGAGGUUUUAGAAAUAACAAGAAUAGCGGUAAUAGUAGACCAUCAGUUGAUAUGGAUGAAUAUAGUAAUGAUAAUAAUAGUAGAUCGACAAUUGGUGAAAAGAAAGGUUGGAAAUAUGGAAUACAGAGAGAUAUGGAAGAUAACCAGUUUGAUGAUUCAAGAGUAGAAGAAUCUGUUAGACAAUUAAAACAACAAAAACAACAAGAAACACAAAAACCACAACAAUCAUUUAAAAAGAGAGAGAAACCAACUGAAGUUCAAUUGGAUCAAGAUCAAUUUAUGAAGGAAGAAGAAGAAGGUGGUGGUAACGGUGGUGAAGAGAUGAAUAUCACUGGUUUCAGAAGUGUAUUGAGUUGUUUCUUGAAUAGAAAGGGAAACGAUCUUCGAAGACUCUAUAUCAAUCAAUCGAUUUACGAGAAGAACAAAGCAGAGUUGAAAGAUAUCGUAAAGUAUUUCUCAGAUGCCAGAAAACCCUAUCGUUUGUUUGCCGAUGACGAUCAACAAAUGGAGAAAGUCUCACAAUCCAAACAUCACGAAGGAAUCUGCUUGGUAGUUAGACCAAAGUCACCACUAACCAUUGACGACGCCAUGCAAAAAGAGUUCCAAAAAACCAAGACAAACAUAACACCAACAAAAAAACAUUCGAUUAUGGAUAGUAGCAGCAACAACAAUAAUAAUAAUAGUAGUAACAACAAAACAGAUUCAACAGUAUUUGGUCGUCCAAUUGUUGUACUUUUGGAUAACGUUGAGAAUCCACAUAACAUUGGUGCAAUCAUACGUUCCUGUGCAUCGUUUGGUGUAAAGACUGUGUUUGCCUACAAUGAAUUCGGUGCCAACAGCGGUGGACGUAUCAAUCCACUUUCUACCUCUUCGUAUCGUGCCAGUCGUGGUGCUAUGGAGUAUGUUGAUGUCGUUCCAAUUGACAUUAGAUCCGAGGCAAUCAAUAUGAUUAAGAAAUUCGUUGCACAAGGUUGGCAAGUUAUUUCUACAUCCGGUGACAACAGCAGCAGCAGUAGCAGCAACAAGAAUAGCGGUGACGAAGUUGUUAGUAGUAAACUACCAUCACCAAUUAGAUUGUAUUCAGAUCGUGCAACAAAGUUAUUGGGAGUCAAUCCAUUGAUGAUUGUUUUCGGUUCGGAAUCCGAUGGUGUUUCCAAGGGAAUCGUUAAGUUGUCUACCAAUACUCUGGUGAUUCCAUCGACUGGAUUGAUCGAUUGUCUCAACGUUUCACAGGCACUCUCGAUUGUGUUGGCAGAGUGCUGGCGAUUGCAGGGAAGAGCAUUGGAAGACCAGAGACAAGGUGCUCCAGAUUUAGCGACACAAAUAAAAAAUAAGAGACUACAGAAUUUGGAAGUGACACCGGAACUCUUGGGAAUCAACAGAGAAGAUAUCUACAAGGAGCUAGACGAUGAGAAUGAAACCAGUGAAGAUACACUCGACGACGAAGAGGAUCUACAAUUACAAGAAGAACUCAAAGACUAUGAUGAAAUGAAGAGAAAUAAAAAGGGUAGAAGAUUUUAA